GACUUCUGUGGUGAGGAGACAGUAAACAAGCAGAAGGGAGUAGAAGGGCAGAGGCAAACAGAAAGGGAAGAGGGGACUCUUGUGUCAGCUCUGGAUGCUGGAAACAUCAGACCGAGGGAAGUUCUUUCACCCUUCUGUUAGGCUGCGAACAUCUGCAGAUCAAAAGAAGAGUGUUUCUUAGCCAACAACGACGCUCAAACUGCGGGUUUGAAGCUGAUCCAGGAUGCAGUCCUACCUCACUCUGCUGAUGGGGAUCGUGGCCUCUGCUGCUUCAGUGGAAUGGAGGCGUCCAGUGAUCAAGUUCAACUCUAAGGUGGUGGGGAGCUCGGAGGUGGUGGUCAGACCCGGGACCUCUCUGGAUCUGAAGUGCGAAGGCGACGGACCCGUAAACUGGCAGCCGAGGCUAGCCAAACACAGACGUUUCGUCUCUAGGGGCAACGGGAACGUCCGCACCUUUAAGGUGGAACAUCCCACGGCAGAAUUCACUGGAACAUACAGAUGUUAUUACACUGCAUUGCCACAGCAACGUCAACUGAUCUCCUCAGUGCAUGUGUAUGUAAAAGAUCCAAGCCGUGUGUUCUGGACCAGCAGCACGUCCUUGCGGGUGGUGAGGAAGGAGGGUGAGGACUACCUGCUGCCCUGCCUGCUGACCGACCCAGCAGCCACGGACCUUGGCCUCCGCAUGGACAAUGGCACCAGUGUGCCGCCAGGGAUGAACUUCACAGUUUACCGGCACCGCGGUAUUCUCAUCCACAGCCUCCACCCGAGCUUCAACGCUGACUAUGUCUGCACAGCCAGGGUCGACGGAGUGGAGAAGACGUCCAAGGCCUUUUCCAUCAACGUCAUUCAGAAGCUUCGCUUCCCUCCAUACGUCUUCUUGGAGACAGAUGAAUAUGUGCGCAUUGUUGGAGAGGAGCUCAAGAUUCUCUGCACCACGCACAACCCCAACUUCAACUACAACGUCACCUGGAAAUACACCACCAAGUCGAGAGUGAUAGUAGAGGAGAAGGUUCGCUCCGGUGGAGAAAACCGCCUUGACAUAACGAGCAUCCUGACCAUCUCGGCUGUGGAGCUUGCAGACACGGGAAACAUUUCCUGCAUUGGCACAAAUGAAGCAGGGGUGAACAGUUCAACGACAUACCUGCUGGUUGUAGAUAAGCCCUACAUCAGGCUGUUGCCCCAGCUGUCCCCUAAACUGGCCCACCAGGGCCUUUCGGUCGAGGUGAAUGAGGGAGAAGAUCUGGAGCUCAGUGUGCUCAUCGAAGCGUACCCCCACAUCAUCGAGCACAGAUGGCACACCCCAACAUCUCCCAACACAUCCACACAGGAGCACAAGUUCAUCAGAUACAACAACAGAUACCAUGCAAGUCUGCAGCUGAAGAGAAUGAACGCACAGGAGCAGGGGCAGUACACCUUCUUUGCCAGGAGUGACUUGGCCAAUGCGUCCAUCACGUUCCAAGUGCAAAUGUAUCAGAGACCUGUUGCCGUGGUGAGAUGGGAAAACGUAACCACGCUCACUUGCACCUCAUUUGGCUAUCCCGCUCCCAGAAUCAUCUGGUACCAGUGCUUUGGGAUACGGCCCACGUGCAAUGAAAAUCACACAGGGCUGCAGAUGGCGAUCCCCCUCCAGGCUCCCACGGUGGAGGUGCAGAGGGAGGAGUACGGGGCCGUGGAGGUGGAGAGCGUCCUCACCGUUGGGCCGUCCAGCCGGCGUAUGACGGUGGAGUGCGUGGCCUUCAACCUUGUCGGCGUCAGCAGCGACACCUUUGCCAUGGAGGUUUCCGACAAACUCUUCACUUCCACCUUGACUGGUGCAGCGGGCAUUCUGGCCAUCCUCCUUGUGCUUCUGGUUUUCCUGCUUUAUAAAUAUAAACAGAAACCCAGGUAUGAGAUCCGCUGGAAGAUCAUAGAGGCAAGAGAUGGAAACAACUACACCUUCAUUGACCCCACUCAGCUGCCCUACAAUGAGAAGUGGGAGUUCCCAAGAGACAAGCUGAAGCUAGGAAAGAUCCUGGGUGCAGGAGCUUUCGGGAAGGUUGUUGAGGCCACAGCUUACGGUCUGGGAGAUGAGAAGGAAAAUGCGAUGCGAGUGGCUGUGAAAAUGUUAAAAGCCAGCGCUCAUUCAGAUGAGAGGGAAGCCCUGAUGUCUGAACUGAAGAUCCUGAGCCACCUGGGACACCACAAGAACAUUGUCAAUCUUCUGGGAGCCUGCACCUAUGGAGGACCGGUGCUCGUAAUCACAGAAUACUGCAGUCUCGGCGACCUCCUGAACUUCCUUCGCCAGAAGGCAGAGACCUUUGUGAGCUUUGUUAUGAACAUUCCCGACAUUAUGGAGAACUCUAAUGACUACAAGAACAUCUGCAAUCAGAAACACUUCCUUAGAAGUGACAGCGGGAUCUCCAGUACGUCCUUGAGCAGCUACUUGGAGAUGAGACCCAGUCAGCUGCCAAAUAUUGAAUCCUCUCAAGACCCUGUCUGCGAGGAGACUGCUGACUGGCCGCUGGACAUCGAUGACUUGCUGCGGUUUUCCUUUCAAGUGGCUCAGGGCCUGGACUUCCUGGCUGCUAAAAAUUGUAUUCACAGAGACAUCGCUGCCAGGAAUGUCCUGUUGACUGAUCACAGAGUGGCCAAGAUUUGUGACUUUGGUCUGGCACGUGACAUCAUGAAUGACUCCAACUAUGUGGUGAAGGGCAACGCUCGUCUGCCGGUGAAGUGGAUGGCUCCAGAGAGCAUCUUUGACUGUGUCUACACCGUCCAGAGUGACGUCUGGUCGUACGGCAUCCUCCUGUGGGAGAUCUUCUCUUUAGGCAAGAGCCCGUACCCCAGCAUGGCUGUGGACUCCAGGUUCUACAAGAUGGUGAAGCGCGGCUACCAGAUGUCCCAACCAGACUUUGCUCCCCCCGAGAUCUACACGAUCAUGAAGAUGUGCUGGAAUCUGGAGCCAACGGAGCGGCCGACGUUCAGCAAGAUCACUCAGAUGAUAGAAAGACUGCUCGGGGACCAACCUGAGCAGGAACAGCUAAUUUACCAGAAUGUGGAGCAGCAGAUAACGGAGGGCGAAGUGUGUGAUGAGCCCAAGUGCUGCGACGGCCCCUGUGACCAGUCUUGUGACCACGAGGAGGAGGAGCAGCCUCUGAUGAAGACCAACAACUACCAGUUCUGUUGAAAAAGCCAGAACCCGCCAAACAAUCAAUCAUUCAAUCAAUCAAUCAAUCAGUCAUUCAGCAGACCAAUCACUCAUCAGCAGGCAUCAGGAAAGUGGGAUCAUCGACGGUAGCUCGACAGCUCGGACGGUUGCAGAGAGAGUCGCCUUCACAGCUAUUUUUUGCCCCGUCGUGUCUGCUCGCCAGCUGCAGCGAGCAUGUGACUUGCUUCUUUGCAGACCAUGACAAGAAAAUGCCACGUCGGGACACCGACUGCAGACAUGAAAGGAGGAAAUAAACCGCAUAAGCAUCCGAAGCUGUACCUUAUCCUAACAGACUGUUUAUCACUGCCUCCGUCGUGCAUCUGAGGCCUAAUCUGUUGCAGGAGACUCUGCUUGUCCUUCCCCCCCCCGAGAGUGUUCUUAAUCCUAUAUUUUACACUAUGUUUAUUACUUUUAUUUUUUUUAACAUUACUGCCCCAAGAGAGUGAAUGUCUUUUUUUGUGUGGAGAUUUCAGUCACUUUUGUCAGCAGGUUCACUUCCUUUUCAUCAAUUUACUGCAUGUGUUCCUCAGAGGAAGCAACCCAACAGUCUGCCCGUCUUCAUGCGCUCUCUAAGCUUAUUAUCAGCUCACUUUAACUGAACAAUGUUAUAAACAGGCCAAAUCGACCGUGGAGAAGGCAAAGAAUGGCCGCGUUGUUUUUCCUCUCCGUGCUCUGGUCACUGCCAUGUUUCUUGUGACACACUUACAGUAGCUGUCAGUCAGUGGCGACAUGUGAUUGUUCCACUUCAAUCCAGUUCAUUAACUAGUGCUUCGUGUGAUUGAGGAGCGGGGACGCAGCUGAACUGAGCGGGGAAAUCUGUGGAUCCGUCACGGAUCGGAUGAACAAUGGUUCAUGUUUGACAAUGUGAAAGUUUUUCGGGGAUUUCUAUUUUUUAUUUUUGUUUUUUGUUUUGUUUUUUGCAUGGCACAACCGACUCCUCUCAUUUCCUGUAGAGUUAGACGUGUGUUUUGGAUGUAAGCCUCACUGGUGUUUGUAUGUAGCAGUCAGCCUACACUGCCAACUGUAUGAAGAUUUUUAGAAUAACACAUAAGCUAUAAUGUAUAUCUCAAAAUGUAUAAAUCUCAUGAUGUAAAUCGAGAAUAAUCUUUAUUUUCGCUUAAAUGUCGUAGAAAGUAGUAGAAAGUAGCAUCGGUAGUUCAUAUACGUGUUUCGUGGAUUUUUUUUUUUUGUGCAAAUGAGACAAUCAAUGCAAAAAGCCAAUUAAAUCACUGAAAAACUG